AUGGCAGAAUCCGCGCGCAAGAAGCAGCGCCUAUCGCCGGGGAUCGCUGCGACACCAGAUGCCACGGCGCACACCGAACCGGUCACUCCCUUUCGCCGCGCGAUCAGCGCUGGCCCCACCCCCGGCAGCCGGAAGACACCCACCUUCCGCACGCCGGGAACCGCGGCCCGGACACCUCGAGGAGGGCCAGCGACACGGCCGAUAUCAGCGCGCAGAGUGGCUCCAACGACGCCCCAUGCGAUCCGAGCAUUGCGAGAGCGAGCCAAUGCCGCCCGCACCCCAGGGAACAAUCGGCGCAGGAGCGGGCGGGUGCAGCGAGAGACGCCUCGAGACCUGCUGCGUAAUUUGAGCAGAGCCCUUGCGCGCGACAGCCACCCAGUCGAGCCAGAGCCCCAGACACUGCCGCGCCGCAGUCGACACUCGGCCCUCGACCUGCCCGACGUCGCCGACAGCCCCGAUGUGCUGCCCCGGCUCAGCAUGCCCCUGGAGGACAUGUACGACGACGACAGCUUCCACGAGCGGCCGCCGCGCCAGUCGCUGCUGCCGGACCUGCCCGACGACGUCGACGGCGCCACGGUCCAGUCGCUCGAGUUCGGGCGCCGGGCGCUCAGCGAGGAUCCGCGGUACGGCAGGAGAGUCAGCGAGCGGUUUGCCGACUUCAGCGAGCUCGGCGGGGUGAACGAGGAGUUUGAGAUUGAUGGAACGUUCAUCAACAGGCGGCGCACGGGCGCUUUCGAUCCCCUGCUCGACCAGACUAUUGUGGAGGAGGAGGAGGAUACAGUGCAGGCACUGACGGGGCGGCGCGAUGGGCCGUCUAGUGAUGCAGAUUUGGGGGUGUUCGGACGGGAUGACGAGGAGGAGCCGACGUUCAGAUUCCACAUCCCAGACCGGAUCCGGGCGCCUGUUGAAGAGGAGGUUUUGGAGGAGGCGGAGCUGGAUGAGGCGGAGCUGGAUGAGACUACUGCGCUGCCUGAUAUUGUAGGAGACGAGUCCGACAUCGCUGGGGAUGAGCCUGACAUCGCGGAGGGCGAGCCUGACAUCGCUGGAGAGGAUGUGGAAGUUGAGGACGAGGUUGACGAUCCCAACACAGUCGGCAUAACAGGCUGGGAGUCGGAUCCGGAGGACGACGAGCUCGCCGCCUACCGCGAAGAAGAGUCCGCUCUAGAUCGCAGCCUGGAUCUCCCAGAGGCCACGGAUUCAGUCCAGAAACGCAUGGGCAGGCGAAAGGAGCUGAAGCUGUCGCGCGUUGGCCUGGACUACCCGUCCUUCCCCGCCGCGCCGGUCAAGAAACUCGCACUCAGCUUCAUCAAGUCGCAGGGCGGCAAGGCGCAGCUCAACAAAGACGCGCUGGCCGCGCUCGUGCAGACCACGGACGACUUCUUCGAGCAGAUAGGCAUAGAUCUGGCGGCAUAUGCACAGCACGCCGGACGCAGAUCGAUCGAAGAGAGCGACGUCCUGGCGCUCAUGCGAAGGACCCGCAAAACCAGCAGCAACACGACGAGCUUCUCGCUCGCGCAGAAGAUGCUGCCCAGAGAGCUGCUGCAGCAGUUGAGAAUGGAGUCCCAGCCCAAGCUCAAGGGCCAGGGCCAGAAGCGGAAACGGCUGGCUACUGUACAGGAGGAGGGGUGA